AUGGGCUUCUGUGAGAUAUUCACUUUGUCAAACACAUACUGAAGGUGGAUGCAGCUGAAAUUGCAAACAAGUUGUUUGUGGCCUUCCCAUAUGCACAUGCAUACACACAUUCCUUAAUACGAAAAUCCCACAAGGAUGUUCUGUCACACACAGUCUCCAUAUUUAAUGGUAGCUAUGGCAUUCUGUCUCUUUCUGAAAUCUUCUUCAAAAUGUAGCGAGCGAGGUGGUAAAGAGCCCAGGCUGACACAGGGAGUUGGGAUGUUAGAAAUAUGAGAGUAAACAUCAGCCUCAGUGUCACGGUGGAGGUGUUCAGAUCAUUAAUCCAGAUGUAG